ACGUGUCCGCCGGUGCCGGCGGCGGUGCCCGCAGCGGCGAUGCGCGGGCUGGCGGCAGCGGGCGCACAUGGCCAGGGUCAGCGUUUUCUGCCUGUCGUGGCGCUCGGUGGGACCGUGCACGGGGCCGCGGCAGCGCCCGGCUGUGCUGGGGCUCGCUCUCUCCUCUUGGGGCUGCUGCUGCUGCUGGCGGCCGCCGUGCCCCGCCGCUGGGCCGCGCCGCCCCGCGCCUCCCGGCGGGACGACAGGUACCUGGCGCGGGCGGAGGAGCUGACAGCCACGGACACCGAGGACUCGUCCCUUAAUUACGGGGUGGUGGUGGACUGCGGGAGCAGCGGGUCCCGCGUUUUCGUCUACUUCUGGCCCCCGCACAACGGGAACCCCCACGACCUGCUGGACAUCCGGCAGAUGAGGGACCGGAGCAGCCGCCCCGUCGUCAAGAAAAUUAAACCCGGCAUCUCGGUGACCGCGGCAGCCCCCGAGCAGGCCACGCCGUACCUGCGGCCCCUGCUGCGGUUCGCGGCCGCGCACGUCCCGCCGCGGAAGCACAAGGAGACGCCGCUGUACAUCCUGUGCACGGCGGGCAUGCGGCUGCUGCCCGAGCGGCAGCAAGCUGCAAUCCUGGAAGACUUGGUGACAAAUGUGCCCCUGGAGUUUGAUUUCCUCUUCUCCAAAUCACAUGCAGAAGUGAUCUCAGGGAAGCAGGAAGGUGUCUAUGCAUGGAUUGGCAUCAACUUUGUCCUGGGACGGUUUGAUCACGAGGAUGAGGAGGAUGCAGUGGUCACCGUAGCGCUCGGGGACCAGGGGAAGCCCCUGGUUCGGAAACGAACAGUUGGGAUCCUUGACAUGGGAGGCGCCUCCCUGCAGAUUGCCUACGAGGUGCCCGACUCCGGAGCCAUCUCCUCCCCACAGCAGGACGAGGCUGCUAAGAGCUUGCUGGCAGAAUUCAACCUGGGCUGUGACGUGCAGCACACUGGCCACCUGUACCGUGUCUACGUCAACACAUUCCUGGGCUUUGGGGGCAAUUUUGCCCGGCAGCGCUAUGAGGAACACGUGCUGAACCAAACCUAUGUGCACAACCGCCUGCACAACCAGCAGACAGGGCUGAGCCCCAAGAUGCCCUUCUUGGACCCCUGCCUGCCUGUGGGGCUGGAGGACACGGUGGUCAGGGGUGGCCAAACCCUGUACAUCAGGGGACGAGGGGACUGGCAGGCCUGUGCAAAGCUGCUGCAGCCCCUCCUGACAGGGUCCAAUGGCAGCCAUGUCUCCCUGGUGGAGACCUACAAAGCACCCAUCGACUUCAGCAACAGCGAGUUUUACGGCUUCUCAGAGUUCUUCUACUGCACCGAGGACGUGCUGCGCCUGGGGGGCCAGUACAGUGCCCCCACCUUCACCUCUGCUGCCCAGGAGUACUGCAGGCAGCGAUGGGAGGUGCUGACGCAGCGUUUCCGUGGCGGCCUCUACUCAGCGCACGCUGACCAGCACCGGCUGAAGUAUCAGUGCUUCAAAUCAGCCUGGAUGUACCAAGUGCUUCACGAGGGCUUCCAGUUCCCAGUGGACUACCCCAGCCUGCGCACAGCCCAGCUGGUGUACGACCGGGAGGUGCAGUGGACCCUGGGAGCCAUCCUCUACAAGACGCGAUUUCUGCCGCUCAGGGAUCUCCGUCAGGAGAGCAUCCGGCAAGCACACCCCUCCUGGCUGCGCCUCUCUUUCGUCUACAACCACUAUCUGUUCUUUGCCUGCAUCCUGGUCGUGGCCCUGGCCAUCGUCCUCUACCUCCUGCGGCUGCGCCGCAUCCACCGCCGGCAGCUGCCGGCCCAGCACACCCUGCUCUGGCUGGACAAGGUGGUGGUGCCGCUGGGCCAGGGGAGCGUGCCGUGAUGCCAGAGGUAGCCAGCAGCCAGUUGCACCAGCAGAACUAGGACUGGCUGACAGCCUGGGCUCUGAGAGCUUGGACUCCUCCUUAAGGACCAUCUCAAAGUCCGCGCUCCAUCGUCUCUGCGUCAGAACCGGAGUCCGUGGGCUGAG